AUGAAAGACAAUUAUGAUCAUAUCACAACCUCUUAGGCUAUAUUUGAUGUGGUUAAAAGAGGGAAUUACGUAGAGGAAACUCGUGUACAAUACGAAAUCAAAUGCAUUGGAACUGAAAUAGAAACAGCACAAAUGUAAAUAUUCAUCUUCGAUCUCAUAGGGGAAAAGACACCGUUAAGUAUAAGUUCACAAUAACUAAAAUUGAUUUGUUAACAGAUACCAAAAAGUCUCAUGAAUUUGUCAGGAGGUAUUCUGAAAAUAAUCAACAACAUAUAGAUAUACACAUUUCUUAUGGUUAUAAAAUGAAUUGCAAAAUAAAUAAAUAGGCAGGGUGAUUCCCAGUCUCCCUGAAAAAUAGACAGUUUAUGAUAAAGAUAAAAGGUACUCUCCUUGUUAAUAAUUAUAUAGAAAAUUAGAAUUUGUGUACUUUAUGUAAAAAAUAUUGAGUCAUAAAAAACUAUAAUAAGUUGAUUGUCUAGAACGGUUUUUUAGUGAGGAAUUAAGAGUAAUGAAUUAAGUUAUAUUAGGAUUAUGAUGUAUUUCAACACUAUAUUGAGAAUAUGAAAGAGUCUCAAUCUAUGAUUAAUAUGUUUAUUACAACUGGAAUAUCCUUUAUGAAUAUGUUCUCUAAAGUCUGUAAUUACAAUGCUGUCUAAAUAAUAAAUAGAAUCCCUGAUGAAAAUGACAAAUAAUUUGAAGAUUGUAAAUAUAAUGAUAACUUAUCUUAAGAUAGGAAAGAAUUGGAGUAAAAUUAGUCUAAUACUGAAAUAAUAUUUUCUGAUAUCCAGAAAAUAGUUUAGAAAUUGUAGAUAUAAGCAAGAUCUUUAUCGAAUAGUUUUGAUAUAUUCAGUAAAUUAUACAAAUAGAAUUAGUGAAUGAAUGUUAGGGAGUGGAAGAAUUUGCUACAUUAAAAACCAUCAUAAAAAUUUAUGAAAGUUAUGAAAUUUAGUUAAGAUAGAAGUAUGUUUACAGAAUGGAAGCAAGCAUUAAAGAUUAUGAUCAAGCAAUCAAAUUAAUCAAUCUAUAUAAGGAGUUAAAGGAUUAAAUCAACAAAGAUACUCAAUUGAUUAAUAAUCCAAAUUACAGAUCAUAGAUAGACGAACUGAAAAUGCAAAUCAAUAAUAACAAAUAGAAAGUAGAGUAGUUGCAUAUCAACUUUCUAGAUGAUAUAGAUCUCUUUAAAUAACAGUAAAGUUGGUGUUUGAUUGAUGUAUAGAAAAAGUUUUAUGUCGAUUUGCAGGAGUGUUAUGACUCUAUUAAAUAAUAGAAAACUGCGCAUCAUUUGUGA